CAUCUUUCUGACUGGCUGUGUACAGAGACCCAAGUACCCACCGCCGAGGGGGCCCUGGGUGCUGAGAGUCUGCGCAAGUGGGCUAUGACAGGUGCACGUGGGACAUGGAACCACUUCCCUGGGGCUUAGGAGGGACCCGGAGCGGGGACAGGGUGGAUCCUGGGAUGCAGCAGAGCCACCCAGGAGUGGGCAGGACAUGUCAUUGAGCAGCCGCUGUGUGCCAGGCACUGUGUCAAACCCUGUCUAUAUCUUCUGCGAAGCUGUUAUUAUUCCCAUUUUACAGACAGGGGAUCGGAGCCCAGAGCAGCUGGCUGACUUACCCAGGGCCCUACGGCUAACCAAGUGUCAGAGCCAGGGUCCGACCUCAGGACCAGAACUUGGGUCCCUUCCUCCUCCCAGGAGCUGCUUGGAGAUGCUGCUGCUGCUGCUGUUCCUUCUCCUGCUGCUGCUGCUGCCACUGCUGGCCGUGCUCUGGCAGCGGCAGCCCCAAGAUGCCAGGCUGUCCUGGCUUGCUGGCCUCCAGCACCGUGUGGCAGCAGGGACCCUGUGCUGGGCGGCCGCCUGGCAGCAGCGGAGACUAGAACAGAGCACACUGCACGCGGGCCAGAGCCAGCAGCAGGCCCUGAAGUGGUGUCUGCAGGGAGCCCAGGGGCCCCGCGGUCCCCUCAGGGGGAACACAGAUAUAAGCACCUUCCGGAACCAUCUCCCACUGACCAAGGCCAGCCAGGCCCAAGAGGAAGAAAGUGAGGGGCAGCUCUCGCCUCCUACCUCAACCCAGUACUACGGGGAGGCCUCUCUGCAGGCCACCUUGCUGGGUCUGGCAGCCCUAAACAAGGCCUAUCCAGAAGUGCUGGCUCCAGGAGGCACCGCCUGUGUGACCCCUACGUCCCCCUGGCCCUGCCCUCUCCCCUGGCCUUGGCGUGCCUUGGGCCAGGUUAGCGCCCCUGGAGCCAAGCACCCUGGGGCCCUGCUGCUGAAGGCACUGAGGUCCCCAGGGCUGCGGGCACUGGAAGGUGGGACAGCAGCCGAACUCCUGGACGUCUUUGUGGGCCUGGAGGCGGAUGGCGAAGAGCUAGCUGAGACAAUAGCUGCCGGGAACCCGGGGGUGCCUCUCCCCAGACGGGCAGCUGAGUUGCGGGAGGCCCUAGAGCAGGGGCCCCGAGGACUGGCCCUUCGGCUCUGGCCGAAGCUACAGGUGGUGGUGACUCUGGACGCAGGAGGCCAGGCCGAGGCUGUGGCUGCCCUGGAGGCAUUGUGGUGCCAAGGGCUAGCCUUCUUCUCCCCGGCUUACUCUGCCUCUGGAGGGGCGGUGGGCCUGAACCUGUGGCCAGAGCAGCCCCGCGGGCUCUACCUUCUGCCCCCUGGAGCUCCUUUUAUUGAGCUGCUCCCAGUCAACAAAGGAGCCCAGGAAGAGGCUGCCUCUACCAUCCUGCUGGCCGAGGCCCAGAAGGGCAAGGAGUAUGAGCUGGUGCUGACCGACCACAUCAGCCUUACCAGGUGCUGCCUGGGUGAUGUGGUACAGGUGGUUGGUGCCUACAAUCGGUGUCCAGUCGUCAGGUUCGUCUGCAGGUACGUGACCCCCUGGGGAGCUGAGGGGCGUCCUUGUGCCCUAGGCUCCUCUGUCUCCUUCCUCCUCCCCAGGCUGGGCCAGACCCUGAGUGUGAGAGGAGAAGACAUUCGAGAGGAUGUGUUCUCUGAGGCCCUGGGCCGGGCUGUCGGGCAGUGGCCAGGGGCGAAACUGUUAGACCACAGCUGUGUGGAGAGCAGCAUUCUGGAUUCCUCCGAGGGCUCGGCUCCCCACUAUGAGGUGUUUGUGGCGCUGAGGGGCCUGAGAAACCUGUCAGAGGAAAAUCGAGACAAGCUUGACCACUGCCUUCAGGAAGUCUCUCCCCGCUACAAGUCCUUGCGGUUCUGGGGCAGCGUGGGCCCUGCCAGAGUCCACCUGGUGGGGCAAGGGGCCUUCAGAGAACUCCGGGUGGCCCUUGCAGCCUGCCCUUCGUCCCCCUAUCCUCCUGAGAUACCCCGGGUCCUUAGGCACAGGCACCUGGCCCAGUGUCUGCAGAAAAGGGUGGUGUCCUGAGCUGAGAGGCCUGCCCACUGCCCCAUCCCCCUCAUAGGCCACUUGGUACAUUCCUCUGUGGCCUCUCUGGAUGGGAAGUCUUGGCCAGGGUCUUCGACUCUGUGUCACAUGACAGUUGCCCAUCAGAACCCCAGGCCUGAGGGAGGUCUAAGCUGUUCAGCCCGUUCUGAGGAGCCCACGUCAACUGGCCCCUGCAGUGCCCUCCCUGAAGUCCCGUGGCGCCCUCCGGAGGACACUGCUAGAGUUCCCACAUACUGCCGAUGUCUCCUGUGUCUCCAGGCCCAGUCACUGGGCAGGCUGGACGUGUUAACCGUUAAUGUUCCCCAGGAGCGACCCUCAGUCAAUAAGACACAGGAGUCAGAGAAAGAGACCUCAGCGUCACUGUCCCUGAGUACAAUUCUCAAGUGUCUUCUGCACCGGUUGCCUGUAGUGGUAACCCUCUGAUUAACACAACUCUUACUGGUUUUCCUUCCACCCUGCCCAUCUCCAUGUUCUCAUGUGCUUUGUAGGAUUACCUCCCAAAUAAACCACUUGCACCCAGA